CCCAUUUAGUCAGCUACCCCAUGGGCCUUUGGCCUGGAACGGUUUAUGAAUCAAUCAAUCAAUCAAUCAAUCAAUCAAUCAAUCAAUCAAUCAAUCAGUCAGCUACGGCAUGGGCCUUCGGCCUGGACCGGUUUAUGAAUAAGACAAACAAACAAACCACCCCACCUCCAAGACGUCACCUCUACAUCUGAUUGCUAUAUAGAAGACAGUCGAACUGCUCUCCAACCCUCAUCCAACAUCCCCAUUCACCAAGCACCAACGCUCCAAACCCAACAACACCAUGGCACUCGCACCCAAAUUCGCCGGGCAGAAGUUCUCAGCCGCCA